CUCAAACAUUGUAACAGUAUCAUUCUAUCCACUACAGGCAGAGCACACACAGCAUCUCCAUAGACUGCUCCCAUACAUAGAGACAGCAUCUCACACACACUGCAUCUCCAUAGACUGCUCCCAUACAUAGAGACAGCAUCUCACACACACACUGCAUCUCCAUAUACUGCUCCCAUACAUAGAGACAGCAUCUCACACAGUGUACUCCAUAUAGACAGCAUCUCACACAGUGACUCUGCACUGUAUCCAUAUAGACAGCAUCUCACACAGUGUACUCUGCUCUGUAUCCAUAUAGACAGCAUUUCACACAGUGUACUCUGCACUGCUGCCAUCCCACCCACCAUACAUUGUAUCUAUAUAUACAGCAUCCCACCCACCCUACACUGCUGCCCAUCCUUUACAAAGACUGCCAGCAACAAGCCAUGAUCAGUUUCCCAGCUCCUCACUUUCACACCAUAGUAAGUACAUCUUAUUCUGGUUAUUGCUGUUAUUGUUACUGCCUGUCUCCACUUAACAUGAUAAACCGCGAUCUCCAUUAUUCUGGAAGCAGUGGAUACUCAGAAAGGACUGUGCAAUACAGGGGCAUUGGCAAUACUAAGUUAGAAUGUUGGCAUUAAUAUACCAGGGGUGAACACUAAGUUAGAAUGUUGGUAUUAAUAUACCAGGGUUGAGCAGUGUGUUAGAAUGCUGGCAUUAAUAUACCAGGGUAAACACUAAUACAGUCAGAGAGUUAAUAUGAGGGGUAAAUAAGCCAGGUUAAAUACUGAUACAGUGAUGGAGUUAAAAUGCCAGGGGGUAAAUAGUGACAUAGUAAUGGAGUUAAUGUAUCAGUGGUAUAAAUACUGAUACAGUGAUGGUUAUAAUAUGCCAGUGUGUAAAUACUGACACAGUAAUGGAGUUAAUGUAUCAGUGGUAUAAAUACUGAUACAAUGAUGGUUAUAAUAUGCCAGUGUGUAAAUACUUAUAUAGUGAUUGGAGUUACUAUAGUUGGGGUGAAUACUGAUACAGUGAUGAAGGUGAGAUAUACCAGUGGUAUAAAUUGUGAUACAGUGAUGGUGAUAAUAUAUCAUGGUGUAAAUACUGAUACAGUGAUGAUUAUAAUAGAUCAGGGGCUAAAUACACAUUCAGUGAUGGUUUUGAUAUAUCAGGGCGUAUGUACUGAUACAGUGAUGGUUAUAAUACAUCAGGGGGUAAAUAUAUACAAUGAUGGUUAUAAUACAUCAGGGGGUAAAUACUGAUACAGUGUGAUUAUGAUUUAUUACGGAAUCUGUUGGCGCUAUAUAAAUGGCGAUAAUGAUAUUUCAGAAGGUAUAUACUCAUACAGUGAUGGCUAUAAUAUACCUGGGGGUAAAUACUGAUACAGGGAUGGUUAUUAUACAUUAGGUGUAUGUACUGAUACAGAGAUGGUUAUGUUCUAUCAUGGGGUAAAUACUGAUACAGGGAUGGUUAUUAUACAUCAGGUGUAUGUACUGAUACAGUUAUGUUUUAUAAGGGGGUAAAUACUGAUACAAUGAUGUUUAUAAUAUACCUGGAGGUAAAUACUGAUACAGGGUUCUUAUACAUUAGGUGUAUGUACUGAUACAGGGAUGGUUAUAAUAUACCUGGGGGUAAAUACUGAUACAGGGUUAUUAUACAUUAGGUGUAUGUACUGAUACAUGGAUGAUUAUGUUUUAUCAGGGGGUAAAUACUGAUACAGUGAUGGUUAUAAUAUACCUGGAGGUAAAUACUGAUACAGGGUUAUUAUACAUUAGGUGUAUGUACUGAUACAGGGAUGGUUAUAAUAUACCUGGGGGUAAAUACUGAUACAGGGUUAUUAUACAUUAGGUGUAUGUACUGAUACAUGGAUGAUUAUGUUUUAUCAGGGGGUAAAUACUGAUACAGUGAUGGUUAUAAUAUACCUGGAGGUAAAUACUGAUACAGGGUUAUUAUACAUUAGGUGUAUGUACUGAUACAGGGAUGGUUAUAAUAUACCUGGGGGUAAAUACUGAUACAGGGUUAUUAUACAUUAGGUGUAUGUACUGAUACAGUGAUGGUUAUAAUACAUAACGGGGUACGUACUCAUACCGUGGUGGUUAUAAUAUACCAUGGGGUAAAUACUGAGCUUUUUUGGUCCAGGCUGUAGUUUAUGAUGUUGUGACCUUGAUUUCCAUUAUUUUUGUUGUGAUAUUCCAAGUUCUCCCUAUUUAGUAUAUAGAGAGCUGGGAUGAGGAUAUUUAUCCCCUGGCAGUGGUGGCCAUUGGCCCCAUGCCACCUGCAGCCCCCUUGGCCAAGGCGGGAUCCCAGCUAACCUACUUAUAACAGGCAGUAUGUCAUCCAGGCUGCAGCGCGCGUCCCCGCGGCAGAACGUGCUGUGUGUGAGUCGCGGGUGCGCGCCCGGCUCCCAGCACAAAGUAGGUGAAAGGUUGCCCGAGCGACGGUUCUCUCGAGUUCACGCUUCCUGAGUGCUGGAGAGCAGCAGCUGAUCACGCUUCCUUCACGUGCCCGCCCUUGACCCGUCGUCCAAUCGCUGCUCGGGAAACGUCACUUUGAAGGCCAAUGGGCCCGGGCGCGGCCGCUGAUUGGCUGUGGCAUGUAGCUGUGUGUGUUUGUGUAACUGGGAGAGGGGAGGGGGGACUGUGAGGAAGGGAGUGCUGUGUCCCCCCCCCUCCUCUAGUUAAAUAAUCACAUGACACAAUGGACCUUGGACUGGGGGGCAGCAAUAAAAAUAGAAACUCUAGUAAAUGUAUAAAUUAGUAUUUGUUUUGUUAUGAUUCUUACAGUGUUAGUGUGAGAACCUGCACCAUUUUAUUGAUUCAUCACACUAAACAGAUUUUAAAUAACAUUGUAACCAAAUAAAUGAUGAGUAUUUCCACCCUUCCAACCCUUAAAGGAACACUAUAUAGCGUCAUCAAUGCAAACACGUAUUCCUGACACUAUCGCGCAUGCUGGAAAAGAUCAUUUUAUUCACCUUUACUCCUUCGCCACACCGUUCUCGCCGCAAUUUACUCCACCUCCGUGGCUGAGAUCAUUAAUCUUGAUGAUUACAGCGAAUCCAAUGCUUUUCCCAUGGGAGGCUAUUUUAUUUUUUAAUGUUUCCUAACUCUUUUAGCUGGUUCCUAGCUGCAAAACAAAAAAGACCUGAAUUUGCCUAAUCUUUUAUCUAAAAGGGGUUAAAUAUUUCCAUAGAGGCUAAUACAUUGGUAUAUAUCAUUCUCAUACAUCAUUAUUUCAUUGUGUUUAAACUGUAUAUGCAAAGCAUACAUUUCAUGUCUGUAUAAAAACUUGCCAUAGCUGUGUAGCAAUGCUAAUUACCUAAUAUUUCAAACAUCAAAGCACAGAGUCACUGUGCAAAACUGUCUAAAUAGCAGGUUGGCUAGUUUAGAAGAAUAGACUUGUCACAAAUCAAUGUUUCUGAAGAAUACGGUACACAUCUCAUUAUGUUAUUUAUUUAUCAUACCUAGACUGACAAAAUGGAAGUGCCUGAGAAACUACCAAAAGGAAGAUUUUCUUGGAACGCUAAUACGGAGAAAGUGGAUUUUGAAGCAGUCGAAGCUCUCAUGUACAUGAGUAGCCGCUGGAAGUCAGAGCCCAAACGGUAUACCGAAAUGAGGCCCAUCACUCCAGCAUCGGACCUGUCGGAAAAUGAAGACAGCCUAAUGGCAAACCCACCAGAAUAUAAUACAGUCUCUGCUUUUGUAAGUGCUCCACAUUUAAUUUUUAAUGGUCAAGUAAAAUAGCUAUAACGUAGUAAAUAGCUAUAACACAGUAAAGUGUAUUGGCUACGCAUAGGGCAUCAACAUAUUUCAUAGUGCGCAUGUAUUAAGGUCAAGCAAAGAUAUGAGCAAUUUUUAAAUAAAUACAGAUUUUUCUUGACAGGAUCUGUAAUAAACAUAUAGAAGGCAUCUUUUUAUUUUACAUACAAUCAUCUACUCUGUGUAAAAUUUGGUAUUGACGUAGGUUUGAAGUUUUUUGAAAUUCUUUCCUUGGUAGAUUUAAUGAAUAAUGUAGACCAGGGGUAGUCAACCUUUUGAUACCUACCGCCUACUUUUGUAUCUUUGUUAAUGGUAAAAUUUUCUUACCGCCCACUAGUGCCAAUGUAAUAAAAUGUAUAGUGCAAAUGCACAGUUUUUUUUUAUUUGUUAAAUAAAGUCUUAGAAAGGAGAAUUUUUUUUUUAAAGUAAGUACUUAAAUGUAACUUUUUUUUUUUUUUUUUACAUUUUUAAACUUUCUAUACUUUUUCCGUGUGUGUGUGUGGUGCAGUGUCGGUGAGGGUGCAGAUCCUAGGCCCUUCCCUCCCUCUGCUGGAACUAAGUGCCAGCGGGACGGUGAGGAGAUCUCUUCACCAACCUGAGAGGGCUUACAGGAAGGCUGGCUCUGCUUGGGCCGGCAGAGGAGAUGGAAGGAUCCCCGUGGCUGGCCGUGGUCCACGGCCAUAGAGACCCACUGGUUGUUUUCUGCAGAAGCCACCACCGCCCACCUGAAAUUCCAAACCGCCCACUAGUGAGCGGUAAGGACCAGGUUGACUACCCCUGAUGUAGACUAUAGAUUUAAUGAACAAUGUCAGUCAAUAUAUAAUUAUUAAUACGUAAUUAGUAAUCGUUCAUAUUUUUUCUAUUUGUUUCAGUGCCUGACCCCACCUUACAGCCCUUCUGAGUUUGAGAUGUCUCCUCAACCCAUGUCUCCAGUUCCACUGUCUGAAAACUGCAGGCCUUUCACAAGUGUGGCCCACAAUAACAUGGCCAAUAGUUCAUCAGACUCUAAACAUUCCACCACAUCGAUGCAGAAAGCUCAGGUGACAAGUGUGAUCCGGCACACAGCAGAUGCUCUUCACUACAGCCAUGCUCACAUCUCCACAAAUAUUUGCAAAGACAAUCCUGUGAACAAAGUAUCUCAGCAAAAAGAGGAACCUUUGAAGAAAAAAUUGCUGGUUUCAAUUGUAGCUCCACUCCCAAAAGCAAAUCCAGGGAGGGAAAUGUGUGAAAAUGAAAAUAUUAAGAUGGAGACACAAUCAUCUUCCUUCCAGCAAGUACAGAAUGACUUUAGCUCAAUUAGUCCUUCUACUCUCAGCUAUAAACUGUGUCAGCCUGAUGCCAACUUGCUUCCAGUGCAAACCCAUUCUCCCCAACUGUUGGUUCCUCCACCAGUAGCUACAAAUGGUGUUUCUGUCUCCCAAAUGCCCGUCUUUUGUCAGAUGGUUCCUAUCGCCUCUAGCAAACCUGUAGUUACUACGGUGGUUGCAAACUCACAGCCAGUUACAGGCCAGACCGUAAUGCAGCCUUUGUUUUACAUGGGGACACAGAUGCCUAAAGGAACCGUGAUGUUUGUAAUGCCACAGCCAGUUUUACACAAUGCAAAGACUCUCCUGAGCAGUGGUACCAGGCUAUCACCCAUUGCUCCAGCACCUGGUAUUGCACCUCCUGAAACAAAGGUCUCCAUCCACACCGAUAACUCCCGCAUCAGAAGUCAUGUCUGCAGUCACGCUGGGUGCGGGAAGACAUACUUCAAAAGCUCCCACUUAAAGGCACACAUGAGAACACACACAGGUAUGUUAUGUCCUUUACAACACUGACCUGUGCUCUAUUAAAACAUCAUAAUAAAGCUAUCCUAGACAAUCCUUGUUAAAAUAAAUGACUCAACUUAGCAAUGGACAAUGUAAAAUUUUACUAAAAACUAAGACAUUAUUGUUCCUUGUCAUAUUAAAAGUUCCACGAGUUUGGUUAAGUUAAAAUAAAAAAACAAAGAAAAUUAUAUUCUUAAAUACUGUAUCUGGUAACGUUGACAUUCCACGAAAAACGAUCCUUUGCACCUCUUCCUGAAUUGUGCCUUAAAUAUGUUGUGUAUAGCAAACAUAUACUCCAAGGAAUCCAUGUAUGAAGUGGAAUUUAUAAGGCAAAAAGGUGAUUCUUUGUUGGACUGAUUUGCAUGUGCCACCCAUAAUACCUUGCAGUAGUAACAGAUGUGCAAAUGUGAGAUUUUUGUGGGAAAAGCAAGUCUCAUGGCUUGUUUGGUGUGUGCAGAUCUGUGUUUAACAAUGUAUUUGCUAUCCACUAAGUUUUAGUUGGAAGGGUUUUCAAUCACCUUUUACCCCACCAUAACUAGAUUGGUUUGUGAGAUAUAUAUCUAUAUCAUAUCUAUAUUUUAUAUUAUGGUUUCACAAGUAUGGGAUACAUAUGGUGUGCAAAAUAGGCAAAGGGAAGGAAUGCUUAAAAUCUACACUCUCUUGUAUGCUGAUAGAAUAUUUACUAGUUUUAAUUCAUGCAUUUUUUUUUUAUUUGUAACUUACAGGAGAAAAGCCUUUUAGCUGUAGCUGGGAAGGUUGUGACAGAAAAUUUGCCCGCUCUGAUGAACUGUCCCGUCACCGUAGAACACACACCGGUGAAAAGAAGUUUGCGUGUCCAAAAUGCGAUAGGCGUUUUAUGCGUAGUGAUCAUCUAACCAAGCAUACGAGGCGCCACCUGUCAACCAAAAAGAUGCCUACAUGGCAGAUGGAAGUUAGUAGGUUGAGCGAGAUUGCGGUCCCACAAGCCUCGGCACCUGUUCAGUGAACACCAGAUACAAAAUCACCUUGCAACUAAGUGUUCUGGGCACGUUCUGAGGCCGAAACCUGGAUGUUAAAUCACAUGUACUCCUACUCGUGAUUGUGAGUAUGGUAAAGACUACAUUAACAAGAAGGAAAUGGAAUUGGUGGAGAAAUGGAAACCUGCACCAGGUAUCUUCGAUGACGACUUGGAUUCCUGAGUACAUUGCACUGAAGAAGACAGAAAAAUGUAGUUGAUUUUGGUGUUUCCGAACAUCAAGACGUGGUGUAGUCUGAUUACCAUGCAAACCAUUUAAGCAGUCUCUGUUAGUGGAGCUUUCAAGGCUUUUAAUACUAUGUCUUGCUAGCUUAAAAAGGUAUGAAUAUGUCUUGCUAGCUUAAAAAGGUAUGAAAAUGUCUUGUUAGCAGCUAGUGCAGGAUGCACUGGGUGGUCUUUUUUCCUAGAGUAGGCUGAGCAAAAUAUGCCUAUAACGUUGCAGCUAAUGUAACCAUUACGAGCCCAAUUCCUGUGUAUCCACACAGAUUCCUAGGCUGCCAAGUUUUCCGUGCUCAACAAUCCGUCUUUAUAAAAUCAUCUGCACAAGACAUUUUUUUUGUUACAUCUGCCUGCUAACGUAUAUAUAAAAAUAACACUAUCGUUAAGCAUAAAAUUAAUAUCUGCUAUGUUGUUGAUGCAUAUUUAUAUUAAUGCAGACUUGCAACAACAGUUGUUGGAAGAUAAGACACUUCAGUAUAGUGUUAUCUUAUCACUAAAAAAAAUCUGUUUAUUUAUGUUUGCAAUUAUUUAUAACAUGUUCAUUGCUAAUUCUCCAACUCAAAACUAAGUUUUGAAUAGAAAUUCUGUUUUGAUUUGCACAUAUGGUGGACUUGUGGUUUUUUGUUUUGGAUUUUUUUUUUUUUUUUUAUUUCAUGCCAAAACUUUAUUUUAGUAUGGAUAAGCACUUUGAAAAUCAAUGAAUCAAAUAUUCUCUGCUUUCUAAACCUCUCUGCAAACUGCCUCCCCCCCCAAAAAACUACUGAUAAUAGGAUCAUUUUCAUGAAGUGCUCUUACAAGUAAUAUACAGGGUCUUAAAACACUACCUGAUAUACUGAAUACUAAAAGUGCUGGUUUAAUCAUUUGCACCAAAUAUAUAAUAAAUGCAAAUGAGUUUAUAUACAGGUAUAACAUUAAAUCGUUUGUGAACCGUUCAUGUGCUUAUUAGGACCACUGAGAGAUGAAUGAGUUUCUCGUAGUUGACUGUUUUUUUGUGUUUUUGCAAUCUAUGCCGACACCCGUUUCCUUCUAAGCACACAGUUCAGGGGUUUAUGCAUGGAUCUUAUAAUUAUUCUUGUACAACUGCCUCUAAGUAGCCUUUAAAUUGGAAGUGUUAUUGGCAAUUACUCUGUCCUUCGUUUAAUAGUUUAAUGCUCCAGAUGACUCAUAUUAAUUCUUGCUAAACCUAUAGCUUAGGAGUCUUUUAUUUGAACAUAGGUAUCAAUUUCAAAGUUUGGACAUAAAUUUUAGUGCUAUUAUAGCAAAUGUUUACGCUGAACUUACUACCUGGCAUUUCUUCCUGUGAAGAUGCUAAGGGAGAUAGUCUAAUUUCAUUGACUUUCCCAUGUUUACCAGUGAAUACGUACCUUUUUACUGAGCAUGCUUGAUGUAUAGAAGUGAGCUGCAGGUAUCAGUUGCUUAAAAUUAAUCUUUAUUUUUAAUUAAUGUGAUUUUAUUUUUUCUAUAUUUACAAGAUAAGCUGCACUUUGGUCACAAAUUUUUAUCAGAUGUGGUCGCUGACUGUAUGGAUUGAUUCGUACUGUCAUUAUUUAAACUGCUUGCACAUUGUACACUGUCGGGAGAGAUGUAUCAGUAUUUUUUUGUUAUCUAGUACGGCAUCAGAUCUUUAACUGAUGUUUUGAAGAUUUAAACAUUCAUUUUUUUUUUUUAAGUGUGCACAGAUUUUGACACAUUUAAUGUUGAACAUUAAUGUAUUGGAGACAUUUUGUGACUAUGACUACAUAUAUUUGCACAGUAUUUCUUAUGUUGUACUUUAUACUUGUUCAAAAUUAAAGACACUUUUAUAUGCA